CAUCUAUAUCUCUACAUAUACAUGUGUACUUGAAGAUAUUCAUAAAAUGAGUACUAUAACUCCCCAGAGGAGACAGCCCUGGCGUUCUCCGAAGACGGCUGGUUCAAGACUGGCGAUAUCUUCUACAGGGAUGAGAACGACUACUACUACUUUGUUGAAAGGCUCAAGAUGCUGAUCAAGUACAGGACACAACACGUAAUACCAGUGGAACUAGAAGAAUUAAUCCGCUCGCACCCCGGCGUUCUCGACGCCGGUGUGACCAAUAUACCUCACCCGGAAGACGGGGAACAUCCGGUGGCGUGUGUGGUGAGGAGGCCCGGAAGUGACGUCACUGCUGAACAGAUCAAGGAGCUAGUUGCAGAAAAACUAUCGUCCAGCAAGCAGCUGCGCGGAGGUGUCGUGUUCCUAGACAAACUGCCGCUGACGUCCACAGACAAGCUGGCUCGGGCCGCGCUAAGGAAACUCGUUUUGACGGCCCAGCGAGAGUGAAGUCUCGAAGAAUUAGCAAUAAAUAACUGAUUACUGCGUCCCGCUUACUCCGACUAAUGUUGGGCAAUGUGUUGUUUUUCUUACGUUAUUACCCGUAACCAUAAGGGAUAAUUACUUGUAAAAUAUCACAAGACAUCUUAAA